GUUUCAACAUUGUCCAGGAGUGUGAAAUAAAGCAUCCACAGCAGUUUCAGCUUCAUCCAUUCCUGCAGAGAGUCAAUCAUGAGGGUUCUGGUAUUUCUUCUCUUGGUGGCUUUGUCCAGUGCUGAGGUCUAUCAGCGAUGUCAAUGGGCCCGAGUGCUGAAGAAUUAUGGCAUGGACGGCUACUACGGCAUCAGCCUGGCCAACUGGGUUUGUCUGACCCAGUGGGAGUCAAGCUACAACACCCAAGCCAUCAACCAUGACGCUGACGGAUCCACUGACUAUGGCAUCUUCCAGAUAAACAGUCGCUAUUGGUGUGACGACGGCCGCACCCCCGGCUCAGGAAACGCAUGUGGCAUCCAGUGUAGUGAGCUCCUGACAAAUAACGUUGGCGUGGCGAUCAAUUGUGCCAAACGUGUCGUUAGGGACCCCAAUGGCAUCGGAGCCUGGGUGGGCUGGCGCGCUCAUUGCCAAUACCGUGACUUGAGCUCUUAUCUGGCAGGAUGUGGUCUUUAAACAAGUUCAACAAUGAAGAGAAAUGUGGUGAUUUCAACAUUUGUCUGUUGUAAUUAUGUGGUGAUGUAAAACCAGAUUAAAA